AUGGCAAGCAACACAACCUCACCAAAGCACAUCCCUUUUAAAGACCUACCACUCCAUCCCGACCACCCUCCACAUUCAGCCUGGGGAGUCUGGGGCAAAGACGACCAACUAGGAUGUCUGAACCGUCUCACGCCAGAAUGCAUCAAGAAAGCCGCUGCCGAAGUCAAGACUGGCGUGUCCAUUGGCCUCAACUGGAGUAUGGAUGAGAUGCACGUCCCGCCAUUCUACCGCACGAGGUUGAAACACGAGAUCUUCCAGAUCGCCGAGAACUGUAAUGACGACCGCCUCGAAAUCAACACGCAAACCAGCACGCAGUGGGACGGUUUCCGGCAUUGGGCGUUCCCGGACGGUCGCUUCUACAAUGGCUUCACGCAGGCCGAGUUAAAAUCUGGAACGAGUCACCGGAACGGUAUUCAAGAAUGGGCGAAACGCGGCAUCGUCGGCCGCGGCGUCCUCAUCGACUACGUCGAACACGCCAAAUCCGUCGCCGAAGCCAGCGGGACUCCGGACUCGUACGACCCAUGGUCCGCCACUGCCAUCUCCGUGUCCACGAUCCAAGAGAUCGCAAAGAAAUGCAACAUCACCUUCGAGCCCGGCGACAUUCUUCUGAUUCGCACCGGCUUCGUGCAUCGCUACGAAAGUCUGUCCGAGGUCGAGUUGCAGGCUAAAAUGGCCGAUCAGAACAUGACCUACCCUGGCCUCAAGGGGUCUCUGGAGUCGCUGGAGUGGCUGUGGGAUACUCAAUUUUCCUGCGUCGGUGCGGACUCGCCCGGAUUCGAAGUUUGGAAGGGCGGUCUGGGCGUCAUGGAAUUCCGCAUGCACGAAACCAUCCUGUCCGGCCUCGGCCUGCCGAUCGGUGAACUUUUCGACUUGGAGGAACUCGCCCGCCAGUGCGCCAAGGAGAAACGGUGGACGUUCAUGUUCACGAGCGAGGUGUUGAAUGUCCCUGGCGGGGUGGCUAGUCCGCCUAACGCGUUGGCUAUUAUGUGA